AUGGAGAUUGAUUCGUUACCGUAUGACGAUGCUGCUGGAGAGAAAUAUGCAGAAGAGCAUCCUGAACAUGACUUCAAGUCACGUAUAGGCGCCUCACGACUGUACUUGUACUCUGAAUCGUCAGCCGCAACAUCCAGCUCACGACGACAAACUACACAAGGCGACGAAGCAGACACACAGGAAAUGACAGUCGAAGUCGAACGCGCAGAGAACCCGCUCGGGAUCAGAGACAAUGCGAUUCUCUUUCGCGGAGAUGCGAUUGCAAAUCUACCGACGCAACGUAUAUUCAAGUACAUUAGCCAUUGCGGAACGCUACCCCUUGGAUUGGAAUGGGUGAAUGAUACCAACGUGGUACUCGUCUGGUCCACGGUCGCAGAGACUCGAAGCGCGUAUGAGAGCAUGCGGGAAGCCGGCACGGGGCACCUGGCAGAAGACGAUGAGGGCUUUGUGCCUGCGAAGCCGAUUCCAGAGACACUUGCCCAUGUGGCAUUGCGUGUCGAAAAGGCCCUUGGUAAGACGGACGUGCAAGAACAGGCCCAGAUGUGGAUGCGGUUUGCGCGUGCAGAGGAUGUCAAGCAAAAAGGAGGGCGGAAUAAAAGCAAGUUUUAUGAAAAGUAUGGCGAAAAUGCGGGCAAGGAUGGACAAAAUGUCUAUUCCUCACGGCGUGGGGAGAGAAGUAGACGUGAAGACCCCGACGAAGCACUCAGACGACGAUUAGAUGCAGAACUCGAUGGGUUUGCUGAAAAGGACGAGACUGCCAGACGGUCCAUCUCUCCGAGACGAGGGAGAUCCGCGUCGCCACCAGGCCGGGAGCUUCCUCGCGAUGGGCCUGGAAGAAGGAGGAAACGGUCCGACUACGAGUACGAUCAAGACUUGCAAUCGCGACUGGGUCCUCGGGUCGGUGGGGCUACAGGGAGUGUUCGGGAAUGGGACGUUGGUAAAGAGUGGCACACGGACGAAUUUGGACGAUCUCGUUAUGGAACCAUGUCGAGAGAUGGACGCAAGGACGCACGGGGUCAUCGGCGGGAACGGGGCGAACGUGGAGGGGAGCGGCGUGAGGGCCAAGGCCGCCCGUCCAAGACCAAGGAGGAGCUUGAUGCCGAGUUGGACGCAUUUCUGGAGGGAUAA